GAUGGCGGCCCUGGACUCCCUGUCGCUCUUCACCGGCCUUGGCCUGAGCGAGCACAAGGCCCGGGAGACGCUCAAGAACACGGCUCUGAGCGCGCAGCUGCGCGAGGCGGCGACCCAGGCUUUUCUUACUGGGCGUGGGGCUUCUCUCCUGAAUCUCCUCGGACUCCCAGGCGCAGCAGACUCUGGGCUCCACCAUCGACAAAGCCACCGGGACCCUGCUCUAUGGCUUGGCAUCCCGACUCAGGGAUCCCCGGCGUCUCUCUUUUCUUGUGAGCUAUGUAGCCAAUAAGAAGAUCCACACCGAGCUCCAGCUGAGCGCUGCCCUUGAGUAUGUGCGAAGUCAUCCCCUGGACCCCAUCAACACCCAGGACUUUGAGCAGGAAUGCGGUGUGGGUGUCAUGGUGACCCCAGAGCAGAUUGAGGAGGCUGUGGAGGCCGCCAUAAAUCGCCACCGGCCCCAACUCUUGGAGGAACGUUAUCGUUUCAACAUGGGACUGCUGAUGGGAGAGGCUCGGGCUGUGCUCAAGUGGGCAGAUGGCAAAAUGAUCAAGCACGAAGUAGACAUGCAGGUCCUUCACCUUCUGGGGCCCAAGACGGAGAAUGAUCUAGAGAAGAAGCCCAAGGUGUCAAAAGCUCGGCCAGAAGAAAAAGACCGGAGGACAGCAAAGGAUGUGGUAGAGAAUGGUGAGGCUGCUGGUCAGACCCUGUCUCUGAUGGAGCAGCUCCGAGGGGAGGCACUUAAGUUCCACAAGCCUGGUGAGAACUACAAAACCCCAGGCUAUGUGACCACUCCACAUACCAUGGAUCUACUGAAGCAGCACCUGGAGAUCACUGGAGGACAGGUACGUACCCGGUUCCCACCAGAACCUAAUGGAAUCCUGCACAUAGGACAUGCCAAAGCCAUCAAUUUCAACUUUGGCUAUGCCAAGGCCAACAAUGGGAUCUGUUUUCUGCGCUUUGAUGACACCAAUCCUGAGAAGGAGGAAGCAAAGUUCUUCACUGCCAUCUGCGACAUGGUGGCCUGGCUGGGUUAUACACCUUACAAGGUGACAUAUGCCUCUGACUAUUUUGACCAGCUGUAUGCCUGGGCUGUGGAGCUCAUCCAUAGGGGCCAGGCAUAUGUGUGCCACCAGAGAGGAGAGGAGCUCAAAGGCCACAACUCCCUGCCCUCACCCUGGAGGGACCGUUCUAUAGAGGAGUCACUGCUGCUCUUUGAGGCAAUGCGCAAGGGCAAGUUUGCAGAGGGUGAGGCCACACUGCGGAUGAAGCUGGUGAUGGAGGAUGGCAAGAUGGACCCUGUGGCCUAUCGAGUCAAGUACACACCACACCAUCGCACGGGGGAUACCUGGUGCAUCUAUCCCACCUAUGACUACACACACUGCCUCUGUGACUCCAUCGAGCACAUCACCCACUCACUCUGCACCAAGGAAUUCCAGGCCCGACGCUCUUCCUACUUCUGGCUGUGCAAUGCAUUGGAUGUGUAUUGCCCUGUUCAGUGGGAGUAUGGCCGUCUCAACCUUCACUAUGCUAUUGUGUCUAAGAGGAAGAUUCUCCAGCUUGUGGCAGCUGGUGCUGUGCGGGAUUGGGACGACCCACGGCUCUUCACGCUCACAGCUUUACGUCGGCGGGGCUUCCCGCCUGAGGCCAUCAACAACUUUUGUGCUCGGGUGGGGGUGACAGUGGCACAGACCACAAUGGAACCCCAUCUGCUAGAAGCCUGCGUGCGUGAUGUGUUGAAUGACACAGCCCCACGGGCCAUGGCUGUGCUGGAACCAUUACAGGUCAUCAUUACCAACUUUCCUGCUGCCAAGUCCUUAGACAUCCAGGUGCCCAACUUCCCGGCUGAUGAGACCAAGGGCUUCCAUCAGGUUCCCUUUGGACCCAUAGUUUUCAUUGAAAGGACUGACUUCAAGGAGGAGCCAGAACCAGGCUAUAAGCGCCUGGCGUGGGGCCAACCUGUGGGCCUGAGGCAUACAGGCUACGUCAUCGAGCUGCAGCAUGUUGUCAAGGGUCCCAGUGGCUGUGUAGAGAGCCUGGAGGUAACCUGUAGACGGGCAGAUGCUGGAGAAAAGCCCAAGGCCUUUAUUCACUGGGUGUCACAGCCUCUGACUUGUGAAAUUCGCCUCUAUGAGCGACUAUUUCAGCACAAGAACCCUGAAGAUCCUGCUGAAGUGCCUGGUGGAUUCUUAAGUGACCUGAACCCGGCAUCGCUACAAGUGGUGGAGGCAGCGUUAGUGGACUACUCUGUGGCCCUGGCAAAGCCCUUUGACAAGUUCCAGUUUGAGCGGCUUGGCUACUUCUCCGUGGAUCCAGACAGCUGCCAGGGACAGCUUGUCUUCAACCGGACUGUCACACUGAAGGAGGACCCAGGAAAGGUGUGAGCUGUAAGGAAGCCUCAUGGACCUACCUCAUCCUUCUGGAAGCUAGGGGUACCCAGACUCCAUGUCAAUAAAGAACAGCUAAAUUCCCUGGA